AUGAGAAUCUGGGACAGAGACGUUUUGUUGAGAGGCACUACAGAAGAGAAGCUUAACUGGGCAUUCAAUCUAUAUGACAUCAACAAAGAUGGACAGAUUACUAAAGAGGAAAUGUUAGAUAUAUUGAAGUCUAUUUAUGAUUUGAUGGGGAAAUCUAUCCAUCCACGACUUAAAGAGGAGGCAGUAAGGCAACACGUCAGAAUGUUCUUCCAAAAAAUGGACAUAAACCAGGAUGGUGUAGUAACUAUUGAUGAAUUCAUUGACUGCUUCCAAAAAGAUGAAAAUGCAAUGCAGUCUCUUAAGAUUUUUGACAAUGCUGUCUAGAUUUUAGUCAGGAAAUCCACCCUAAGCACUUGGACAUUUCUAGAUAAGUAAUACUCAUUGUUAUAAUGCCAGCUUUCCUGUGCUGCUGUUCUGGACUACUCUUGACAGCUCAAGACUGCUCUGGACUACUCUGGACUGCUCCAGAUUGUCUUACAUUUACAUUUACAUUUAGUAAUUUUGCCGACGCUUUUAUC